ACGGCAAACUCCGCGCGCGCUGCGUGCUCGGGGCAGCGCCAGCCCGGGUGGCCGCGUGCAGGGCGCAGGCUGAGCCCGGCAGGGAAGAUGGAGCUGGCUACGCGCUCCCAGAUCCCCAAAGAAGUCGCUGACAUCUUUAAUGCCCCCAGUGAUGAUGAAGAGUUUCUGGGUUUCCAGGAUGAUGUUCACAUGGAGAACCUGUCGGAGAGCUGCGAUAGUUUGGACUCGCUGGAGCUGCAGAAACAGCAGGAUGUGUGUUUCCAUUCGAAAUACCUCACUGAAGAGCUAAAAAGAAUUUUCAUAGAGGACACAGAUUCAGAAAUUGAAGAUUUUGAAGGAUUUACCGAGAGUGAGCUGAACAUGAACAGUGACCCAGAGCUCGUGGAGUCAGAGCUGAGUGACGGUGAAAAGACAUCUGUGGUGAGUGAGGAGGAGGAAGAUGAGGAAGAAGAGGAGGUUGUGCCUAGAAGAGGCAGGUCCACGAGAAGCAGUUUUGGUCUUCGAGUAGCCUUUCAAUUCCCCACCAAAAGACUGUCAAAGACACCAGAUAAAAACAGCUCACACUUAGCGGACAGUAAGACUGGUCUCGGAAGGGGGAAAAGCUGCAGACAGGCCAAGGAGCGGGAAGACUCUGCCUCCGAGUCUGAGGAUGACUCCAGGGCAGAGAGCCAGGAGAAUUCGGAUGCUCUGCUGAAAAGGGCCAUGAACAUCAAAGAGAACAAGGCCAUGCUCGCUCAGCUGUUGGCAGAAUUGAACUCGGUGCCCGAUUUCUUCCCUGUGCGAACCCCGUCCUCUGCUUCUAAGAGGAGAUCGGCUCGGCGGGCCUUCUCAGAGGGACAGAUCAUACGGCGCGUGAACCCAACCCGGAGUGCACGGCCCCCAGAGAAGUUUGCUCUGGAGAACUUCACCUUCUCGGCCACCAAGCUCACCGAAGAGCUUUACAGUUUCAGAAGAAGGAAGACCAUUAGUGGGGGGAAAUGCCAGAAGUAUAGACGGCGUCACCGAGUAUCUUCUUUUCGCUCCGUGAAAGACAUCACUGAUGAAGACUUGGAAAAUGUUGCCAUAACUGUGCGUGAUAAAGUCUACGAUAAAGUGCUGGGUAACACCUGCCAUCAGUGCCGGCAGAAGACCAUUGAUACCAAGACGGUGUGUCGGAACCAGAGCUGUGGCGGUGUGCGGGGACAGUUCUGUGGGCCGUGCCUACGGAAUCGCUAUGGGGAGGAUGUGCGGACCGCAUUGCUGGAUCCGGAGUGGACGUACAGUCCCUACUGUCCUCUAGGAGUGGAUGUACAGCCCCUACUGUCUUCUAGGAGUGGACGUGUCCUCCCUGCCGCGGGAUCUGCAACUGCAGUUACUGCCGGAAGCGAGAUGGCCGCUGUGCCACUGGAAUUCUCAUUCAUCUGGCCAAGUUUUACGGCUAUGAUAAUGUCAAGGAAUACCUGGAGAGCUUACAGAAGCAGCUGUAGAAGACGAGCGAGAGAAGGAACGCGCGAACGUACCCGAGUCCCACUAGAGAUGCCUGCCAUCUGUGCCUAGCCUUAGAGCCGAACUUCACAAAAGCUUGUGUCCUAGAACUUACUGUUUCUAAUAUACUAUUUUUUUCUAAAAAGUUUAUAUAUGCUUAAAAAGAUUUCUCAGGAAAAUAGUACAGCAGAGAAAUCUGUAUACACACCUGCGCAGACCUGUAUUGUUACAAAUAUCUGCUGCAGAUUUAAAAGCACAAUUUAAAUGGGGCAGAGUUAAAGCUCAGGUAAAUUUCACACAAGAUGCUGUUGCCUUUGCUGUUCAGCUCUCCCAUAGUCAUUCAGGCUACUCUUCUUACAGAGACUGUUGCUCUGCCUCCUGAGUGACCGUAGCUCAAACCUAAUGUUUAUCAUGCUCUAGAUACUGAAUUCUGGGUCAUUAGAAAUUUAUAUUGAAGAAUAUAAGAAUUCCCCCUAAACGACCAAGUGCAAUUAACCACACACUGUGGGUAAGGUGUCCUUUUUAUUAAAAGACAACAAAGACGGACCAAGUUAUAGACACUGGAGGCCUCAGUAUGCCUGCCUUUUCCUUCAGGACCUGCCUGGAGCCUGCUGCUGCUGUUUUAAAAGACUUUGCUUUUUAUAGAAUCCUUACUGCAUUGUUUUUAAGACUUAGGGAAACUUAAGAAAUAAGCCAUGGUGUUUUGUAUGGUAUGGUGGAGGAAGCUAGAAUUUUCAACAAGUGUGUAUCCCAGACAGAUGUUUAGUGUUGUUUUUGUAUAUUACUAUUCUCCCUCCUCAGAGAACAAAAAUGCUGUAACAAAAAGAGUGUCCACCCCUGUUACCAGAACAUGCUGUGUGCUGGCCGGAGCAGGAAGAACGUAAGCCCGAGUGCCAGGGCCGCUUCUUAUGCCUCCAGCAGCAGGGCCACACCCGCCAGCACCCACCCAGCUGGCCUGUCUUUGCUCUUCAGCCUGAAGGUCCACACGUAGGUGUGGCCUCUCGCUUUGGUUUUGUAAACGGGGCACUCGUAUGUGUGCUUAGUUUCUUGUCUGUCCACGGUUAUGGCCUUGGCAAAGAUGACAGGCAUCGUGGAUGUUAACUCCUUAAGGCGGGCCUCAGCAAGGGCUCCGGACUGGAUGUCCCAUCUGGCACCUGUGGCAGAAACAACAGUUGUGUAACGGUGGCGUGUCGGUACCCAUGCUCUCAUUGUUUGAUGCAAUAAAUGUUCCACGUUGAUCACAUUG